AUCUCAGACAUUGAACUGCGUUUACUACCUCUCCUCCAUCUCCCGUCAAUCGCCGGUCAUCCAUCCAAGAUGUCUUCAAAACUCACCUUACAGUCGACGGUCUCGCUCAGCUCUGGCACCAAUCUUCCUCGCCUCGGGUUCGGAGUCUGGGAUAGCCCAAAGCACCUCACCGUGCAGUCCUGUCUGGAAGCUCUCAAAGUCGGCUACCGCCACAUCGACGGCGCCCAAGUCUACGGAAACGAAGCAGAAGUCGGACAAGCCGUGAAGCAGUCCUCCGUCAAUCGCAGCGAAGUGUUCAUCACGAGCAAGGUCCUCGCUCCCAAGGACUCCGACGAGGAGACGUACAAGCAAUGUCUGCAGAGCGUGAUCGACAUCGCUGGUGAAGACGGCUAUCUUGAUCUUUUCUUGAUCCACAAUGGCCAAGCCCAGGGAGCGAAGAACAUCAAGCCGUUGUGGCAGGCGAUGGAGAAGUUGCACCAGGAGGGAAAGUUCAAGGCAAUCGGCAUGAGCAACACUGGUGUUGGGCUGUUGGAGGGAAUGAAGGCUUAUGCAAAGGUCUUGCCGGCAGUGAAUCAGCUUGAGCUGCAUCCUUGGUGCCAGCAGAGAGAAGUGGUGGAAUACUGCAAGAAGAACGGCAUCGCAGUAGAAGCGUAUUGCCCUCUGGUGCGCAAUCAAAAGGCGGAACAUCCCACGCUCAAGGGCAUUGCCGAUAAGCACAGCAAGUCGACCGCACAGAUCCUGCUUCGCUACAGUCUACAGAAGGGAUGGGUGCCACUUCCGAAGAGCGACAACCCAGGUCGCAUUGCGUCAAACGCAGACCUUUACGGCUUUGAACUUGGUGAUGAUGACAUGAAGGCGUUGGACGGUCUGGAUCAGGCGGGUGAGGGAGCAUUGGUCCUGGCGGUGGACAACGAGAAGAAGGAGUAG